UUAGAGCUUAAUAGAAGAAGGUAUGGAAUUUUUUUUUUAAAUUUUCGAUGUUUUCAUAAUUUAUAAAUAAAUAAGUUUUGUCACCGCGUUUUUUACGGGAAACCAAACAGUUUAUUUUUAGAUUAUUAAAAAUCGAUAAUCAGGUAGCAAUGAUAUAGAUCCUUGGAAAAAAUUUUAUUCUACUCCAAAAAUGGGCGACGAGGGAGAUAAUUUGUACCUUGGAUUGGAUCUCAGUACCCAGCAGCUCAAAGCAGCUGUGGUAAACGAAAAAUUAGAAAUCGUAGCUGAACAAAUAGUGAUCUACGAUUCAGAUUUGCCAGAAUUUCGUACGCAGGGUGGCGCUAUUAUAGAUAAAGUUAAUAAUUCCUUCAUCACUUCUCCAACGUUGAUGUGGGUAAAGGCAUUAGAUAUUGUUCUAGAUAAACUCACGGUAGCAGGAAUCAAUUUUUCUAAAAUAGCCGCCGUUUCUGGAAGCGGACAGCAACACGGAUCCGUUUAUUGGCAAAGAGGAGCUGGUGAAACAUUGGCAAAAUUGAAUCCGGGUCAGUUCCUUCAUCAACAAUUAGCUCAAUCUUUUGCUGUUGCAAAUAGUCCAAUAUGGAUGGAUGCCAGUACUACCAAACAGUGUAAAUUAUUAGAGGACGCAGUUGGGGGACCAAUGAAACUGGCAGAAAUAACUGGAUCCAGAGCUUAUGAAAGGUUUACAGGUUCCCAGAUAUGCAAAAUUAAUCAAACCAAACCAGAAGCGUACAAAAACUCAGAGCGUAUAUCUCUAGUGAGCAGUUUCCUAUGUUCCCUGUUUGCUGGUAAAAUAGCCCCUAUCGACAUAUCCGACGGUUCCGGUAUGAACCUUAUGGAUAUCAGGACAAAAUCGUGGAACCAAACUUUACUAGACGUUUGUGGACCGAACCUUGCCGAAAAAUUAGACAACCCUGUCCCUUCCACUACUAUUGUUGGAAGUAUAUCACCGUAUUAUGUGGAAAGAUACAAUUUUAAUACGAAUUGUAAAGUCGUUGCUUGUACUGGAGAUAAUCCCGCUUCAUUAAUCGGUAUGAGAUUAACGGAAGGUUGGAUAGCCGUUAGUUUGGGAACUAGUGAUACAGUUUUUCUUUGGCUUUUGGAACCUAAAUUGGUACUAGAUGGUCACGUACUUUGUAAUCCCAUAGAUGAAAACGCUUAUAUGGCUUUAUUAUGUUUUAAAAAUGGUUCUUUAACGAGGGAAAGGAUUCGAAAUAAAGAGGCGGGAAGUUCUUGGGAUACUUUUAGUAAACUUUUAGAAAGUACUCCUAGAGGAAAUUUUGGCAACAUAGGACUUUAUUACGACAACCAAGAAAUAAUCCCCUUUUUACAUGGAGACUUCAGAUUCAGUAAAACCGGGCGUGUCAAUAAAUUCACUAGUCCCGAAGUAGAGGUUAGAGCCGUAAUAGAAGGACAGUGUAUAAGGAAUCGAGCGUAUUCCGAAGAUUUCGGAUUCAAAAUUGAUAAAAAUACAAAAAUAUUAGCUACCGGAGGUGCUUCAAAAAAUAAAGCCAUUUUGCAAGUUUUAUCAGAUGUAUUCAACGCUCCAGUUUAUGUUCAACCGGCUGCUAAUUCUGCAAUGUUGGGAGCUGCCUAUCAAGCCAAACACGGUUUAUUAUUCGGUAAAAAAUCGUACGACGAGAUCACUUCAACCCUUCCGGAACCACAACUGAUCUGCACCCCUUAUCCUGACGCUGAAACCAUUUACUUACCUAUGGUUCAAAGAUACAGAGCGAUUGUGAAAGAACUUACGUCGGAGCAACGCGGUUCGUGAAUACAAAACGAAAUCCACGCGGCGAUUUCUAUUUUUAUUUCUUCAACAUUUUAAUAGUGUUUGUCUUUAAAAGUAAUCCUGUGAUCAUAUAAUUUAUAUUUUGAAUUAAACAAAUAAAUUGGUAAAUAUAAAA